ACAUUUGGUUCAAUUUUCUUCCCAAAUCCCUAAAUCCAAUUAUUUUCCCCAAAUCCGUAAAUCCAGUUAAAUCCCUCCAAAUAAUCGCUCACCUUACAACUCCUCUCUCUCCCGCGAACCACCAGCUACGGCGGAACCACUGCACCUCGCUUCCUCUGUCCCUCACGACUCUCCGCCUCUGUACCUCACGACCCUCCGCCUCCUACUUCGCUAGUCGGAGGAUUGAGAACGGAAAACCCGUUCUUCUAGUCUCUCUCCUCUCCUUCGAGAAAAACCCCACCCUGCACCUCCGACUUCGACGACCACCGCCAGUGCUGCCUCCACUCAAUAUCUCCUUCAGUCUCUCUCCAUUGUCAACUCAACCGCCUAACUCCGAAUUUAAGGAAACUGGAUCAGCUAAUAGACGGAUGGGUUCAGUUGCGGAGAAUCUGUAUAUAGAUGAAAAGGUGUCCGGUGAUGCAAACUCGGGUUCAAGUGAAGAUAGGAAAACCCUCUCGACGCGAAAUUGGCGCGGGUGCGUGUGCCGGUGCGAGUGCGAGGUGUGUGUCGAAUUCGGUCAAUCCGAUCUGUACACUUCGACCGAAGCUGAGAAAAGAUUUGGGCAUGUCAAACGUUUGCUUGACCAGAUUAGCAAGACUUUGCUGGUUGAGGAGAAGAAAACUGCUAUAGUUGAACUUGUGUUUGCUGUCUGGAGUAGUACUGGACAAAUGGCCUUUGGAGAAACGGGAUUCCAUGUGAUAUUGAGCAUCUUAAAGGAGAAGCCCAAUGAUGUUCAGAUGGUCCGGAAUGCUCUGGAAACUCUUUUGAUGGCUGUAACUCCAACAAAUUAUGCAAAAGGGCCUUCAGAUGAGGUUCCGCCGAAUUUGAUAAAUAGUAACUUGCUCUUAAGCGAAAAAGAGAAUAUUUCUAUUCUCUUAAGUUUGUUGUCACAUGAGGAUAUCCAUGUACGAUACGCUACGCUUCAACUUUUGAUGCCCCCCCUAAAUAAAUCUCCACAAAAGUUACUGGAAGUUAUAUGUAGCAUUCCCAGUGGUAUCAAACAGCUUCUGAAUUUUCUUAACGACGAUUGUAAGCUCUUACGAAAUGAGGCAAUGACAUUUCUGACUUUCUUGAACUGUGAGGCUGAAGAAAUUCAAGAACUUCUAGCCUUUGAAGGUGCUUUUGUAAAGAUAUUCAGCAUUAUAGAAGAUGAGGGAGGUUUAGAAGGAGGAGUUGUUGUGCAGGACUGUCUUAUACUGCUGAGCAAUCUCCUCCAUUGUAGUGCAUCGAAUCAGGCAGCACUAAGAGAGGCAAUCGGCUUUGAUAAGUUGCUAUCAGUUCUGAAGCUGAGAAAGGCGACCUACAGUUUUUCAUCAGAUAUGACAACAAUUGUACUUUGUGUUCUAGAAAUCAUUAAUUUGCUUAUCACGGGCGCCCCAGAAACGGAUCCUACCCGAGAUUCAGAUAAGCUGACUAAUAAAACAGUCUUGGUUCAGGAAAAGGUCUUGGACUAUCUCUUCAUGUUAGGUGUUGAGAGUCAAUGUGCUCCAGUUGCAGUGCGGUGUACGGCACUUCAUUGCAUUGGUGAUUUGAUAGCGGAUCACCCCAAGAAUCUCAAAGAACUUGCAAGCAAAAGGUUCGGAGAGGAACCAGAUUUAGAGCCUGCUUUGAAAUCUGUCUUCCAGAUGGUUUUGCGCACUUCUAGUAAGCAAGAAUUCAUGGCAGCUGACUAUCUUUUUAAGAACUUUUGUCAGGUUUCUAGUUGUGUGUUAUGCUUUCUUGGAAUAUACCAUCUUUAAAAGCAUGUUUUGUGUGAUCGGUGCAGCGAAAUCCGGAUGGCCAGACAAUGCUGCUGUCUACUGUAAUUCUGCAGCUACAGUCAAUGAUUCA